CCCUUUCUUUCUUCGAGUAAACAUUCUCUCUCUCUCUCUAUCUCCGGCUUAGAUUGGGAAACUCCUUCCUCCGCGACGUAUCUCAGAUCCGUCUCGAUCUCGAGGUUUUCAAUGGCUCCGGUCUCGGCGCUCGCCAAGUAUAAGCUCGUGUUUCUGGGAGAUCAAUCCGUCGGGAAGACGAGUAUCAUCACUCGAUUCAUGUACGACAAGUUCGACAACACUUACCAGGCCACAAUUGGUAUUGAUUUUCUAUCAAAGACAAUGUACCUUGAAGAUCGAACUGUCAGACUGCAGUUGUGGGAUACAGCUGGGCAAGAGAGGUUUAGGAGUCUUAUUCCGAGCUAUAUCAGGGACUCUUCUGUUGCUGUUAUUGUCUAUGAUGUUGCAAGCAGGCAAUCGUUUCUGAACACUGCUAAGUGGAUCGAUGAGGUUAGGACAGAGCGUGGUAGUGAUGUCAUAGUUGUGCUCGUGGGAAAUAAAACCGACCUUGUGGACAAAAGGCAAGUGUCAAUAGAGGAAGCAGAAGCCAAGGCUCGUGAACUUAAUGUAAUGUUCAUCGAAACCAGUGCCAAAGCAGGCUUCAACAUAAAGGCUCUUUUCCGCAAGAUAGCAGCAGCUUUGCCCGGAAUGGAAACACUGUCUUCAACAAAGCAAGAAGAUAUGGUUGAUGUGAAUCUCAAGUCUUCCAAUGCCAAUGCAUCUUCGGCUCAGCAGCAAUCAGGAGGAUGCUCUUGUUAAAAAAAAAAAGAAUUGGCAACAAACAUUAUAGAGAACAAAACAACAUACUCGGAAAAAGCCCUCGCAUGAUCUUGAUCUGCUAUUAUCUUCUUCUUUGUGUAAAAUUUUUGCCUUCUUCUUCAUCAGAUUGUUUUAAAAGGGAGUCUCCUUGCUUUUAGUGUGUGGUUUGUCCCUAACUCUAAAACUGUUGUUGUCUUUUGGAGUUUUAAAGACUAUGCUUCACUACUUUUGUUAAAUAUUGUGAUUUAACGGUCUCCGAAAUUAAA